AUGAAGUCCAUUCAUGGAUAUCCAAAGUUGAGCAAGCCCAAGGUCGUGUUUAUAAUGGGAGCAACAGGAACCGGAAAAUCCAAGCUCUCAAUCGAUCUUGCGGUCCAUUUUCAAACUGAGGUCAUCAAUUCCGACAAAAUCCAAGUGUACAAAGGGCUCAAUGUUGUCACCAACAAGGUCACUGAGCUCGAGCGUCAAGGCGUGCCACACCACCUCUUAGGAGUGGUUGACGACCCGGAUGUCGACUUCUCGGCACAUGAUUUUUGUCGCGAUGCGUUGAUCGCCAUCAAGGAGAUAACGGAUCGUGGGCGUGCCGCAAUCAUUGCUGGGGGAUCAAACUCCUUUAUCGAGGUGCUCGUGGACGACCCUACAUUUUAUUUCAGGUCGAUUUAUGAUUGUUGUUUCAUAUGGUUGGAUGUGUCGCCGCCAGUCUUGAGUGUGCAUGUGUCGAAACGGGUGGAUGAGAUGGUUGCCGCAGGCCUAACAGAUGAGGUGCGAGGAAUGUUUGUCCCUGAAGCCGACUACUCACGUGUUAUUCGCCGUGCGAUUGGAGUCCCAGAGAUGGACCAUUUCCUGAGAGUCGAGAAUCGUAUGAUUGAUGAUGAGAAAUCGAAGGAAGUUUUGCUUGACGAUGCCAUCAACGAGAUCAAGGUCAACACUUUUAAGUUAACUUGUCUCCAAGUUGAGAAGAUCCGGAGGCUUAUUGAAGAGCGCAGGUGGAACAUACGCCGCAUCGACGCGACUGGGGUUUUCGAGAGUUUAGGGAAAGAUGUUGAGAAGGCAUGGGAGAGUUUGGUGUUGGAGCCAAGCCUGGCAAUAGUUGGAGAUUUCCUCAAGGGCCAUGAGAAAUCAUUUAAUAUGCCAAAUCAAUUUCGCGCAACCUUGCCUCAAGUUCGCAUGGAAAUGCAGGCAAGGGAUGAGUUCGGGCCUGUCAGGGGUUUUGAUGUUCCAUUUGACUUAGUUGGAGAUUGGGACCCAUCUGCCAUACCCCCUAUAGAUGGAGAGUUGACCAGUGUGGAGACUAGUUUAGCUCAGUCUGGGUUGCACCCAGCAUCCGCAGCACAAGGAUCUUCAAAGGCGGAGCAUGAACCCGAGCCCGAAGCAUCGCAAGCGGAAGAUGACUCGAUGGACAUAGACUUAUAA